AUGAUACAGUCCCAUAGAUUAAGGAUAAAAUUAUCAAAAGAUUAAAACAAGAAGGACUUUAUUAGCAUGGUUACUCUAAAAGCAUUAGACUGUUUAAUAUUAGUGGGCUUGAGUUCCUAGACUAUGAUAAUUUCUAAACUGUGCACUAGAAUGACUAACUAUUUUACUCUUAACGUAAUUCAAUUGCACCGUUAUCUUUUAGUUGAUGAUUUUGACUACUCAAUUUGCAUGGAAUUUCUCGAUAUAAAAAGAAAAUUGGGCUAAGGAGGAUUCGGUUCAGUGUAUUUAGCUUACGAUAAGUUAAAUUAAAGAGAUGUUGCUGUAAAGAUUCUCAACUCUAAUGAUCAUCCACUUAGUCCGCACAUGAUUACAAAGGAGAUAGAAGCACUUAGGAAACUAAAACACAAACAUAUUGUUAAGAUGUAUAAUUCUUUUCCGCUACCGAAAAAAUAAUAAAUUAUCGUGGUCAUGGAAUAUCUACAAGGAGGUGAACUAUAUGAUUACUGGCAAUCAAAAAGAAAUCUCAAGAUGCAUGAAGAUGAAGCCAAGGAAUUGAUAUUGCAAAUUCUAAUGGCUGUUGAAUACUGCCAUAGUAACAAAAUCAUUCACAGAGAUUUGAAGUUUUAAAACAUAAUGCUAACGAAAUCAAGUAAUCCACCUUAAUCAGCAAUUCCAUCAAUUUUACAUACUGAUCGAAUGAAUUCUUAAAGAGAUCAGAUAAGAGAAAAUAAAGAUUAUGAUGUUGAACUUAAAAUUGUGGACUUUGGUAUUUUUGGUUCAACCAGGGGUUAAAAUGGUGAAAAGAGUAACGCUGGAAGUCUAAAAUAUAUGCCUCCUGAAGUCUUGAUUGGCUUCACAGAAUCUACACCAAAGAUUGACGUUUGGGCAGUUGGUAUUAUGCUUCAUGCACUUAUGUUAGGUUAUUUCCCCUUCAGAUCCAGUAAUAAAGAUGAACUUAAGAAGCAGAUCAUAGAAAAAGAGUUAGUCAUUGACAGAAAAGAGCAUAAAAUUAGUGACAUGUGUUUCGAUAUUUUAGUCAGAAUGCUUGAUAAGGAUCCUGCAAGAAGAAUUUCGAUGCCAGAAAUUAUGGAACAUCCCUGGAUUGUAGAUUUAAGAAAAAGUAAACGACGCAAAGACAAAGGCAUAUUUGGUCAAGAGGAAUUAUUAGAAGAUGAAGAGAUACCUAUUCCAAUUAAUCUUAAAUAGCAAGAUCUUCAAAUUUAAUCUGCAAGCAACUAUCUAAAUCCAAAUCUAAAAAAUAUAGUAGAAUAAGAUCAAAGUAAAGAUGAUUACAGUUUUGAAGAGGAGAAAGAUGAUGACAAUCUUAAUGAUUCAUAAAGUGAAAAAAAUUAGAUAUCUCAUUAACCUAUACUAUCCUUAAUCUAGAAUAAAUCUUCACCAGCAAAUGAAGAUAAUAACGAAUAUUAUACGGCUAAUAUAUAAGGAUUAAGUCUAGGACAAAAAAUUAAAUCAUAAUACGAAGACAAUCCUAAAAGCUAACAUAGAUUAGGGAAUCACAGAUAGCUCACUGAUUUGAUGGCUUUGAGAAAAAGAAUGACUAUGGAUGUUAACAGAAAUAGUUCAUAUAGUCCUGAUAAAAUUGCGAAAUUCCAAAAUAGCACAGCCACGAGUGGAUUCGGUUUAUAAAUAAAGAAGCCAACUAAUAUUCCAACCUUUACAAGAGAAAAGACUCCAAUGAGCAAUAAUACUCCUUCAAAUAGAGCAACUAGAGGUUUUUCAACUUAUGCAAAAGAAGGAAAUUCAAAUUAACAGUCUGAGCUUAAGUUCCCAGAAAUUGUUAGCACUGGCUCAAGUAUUAUGAAUACCACUGUUACUAAAACAAAUUAAAGUUUCUAAUCAGAGAACAAGUUUCCUUAUUAGCAUUAGUCAUUAAGUAGUAAUCGCCAAAAUUCCAACAUUAUCCCUAUUAAUUCUAAUCCUUAUGAUUAAAGAUUAAGCCUAAAAAUUCAAAGCAAAAAUGUAGCUUUACUUGAUCCUUAUGCAGCUUAGCCAAAUUUUUUAAGACCUAUUGGAUAAACCAGGUGGCAGAAGUAGCUAUCUAACCUGAGUAAAGAUCUAUCUAUUAAGAUGCUAUAGUAGUCUCACAAUGGAAACCUGAUUGACAAGACAUAAUAGCCAAUAUCCGAUAUUGAAAGCAAUAAUAAUUUGCCUACACAGUUAGAUGAUAAUAAAAUUGAGAUAAAAAGAUCUCCAAUCAAGAGAAGGAAAACUAUCCUAGAAAAGAAAUUGAUACCUUCUGCAGAAUUAAACAGUGGCAGAAACAAUUAAAUAGUAGAGGAAUUAUCUUAGUAAUAGCUGAGAUAGCCAAUAAAUUAAAAAUAAAAUUAAUUACCUACUUAAGUCUAAGAAUAUAAAAGAACUUCAAGUCGACUUAAUAAAAAUUUGUAAAAUAAUAAACAAUAGACUACUCAAGAGAACCUUGAAAAUACUAAAUUUAAGCCCUCAGAUGAUAUUGAUAAGGAAGUGAAGCCUCCUCGCAAGCAGAGUGGUAUUGAGCCAAUGAUUGUAAAUAAUUAUAAGAAACGUAAAAGUGAAAAAAAUUCAGAGAGUCCUAAGAAAAGUAGAAGAGUAGCCAACUACACAGAGUUCGGAAGCACUUCCUUCUAUGGCAACUUUGGCCUCAAAAUAUAACAAUGA